AUUCCUCCGUGCAUGAUUCUAAGCAAACGCUACAUCACAGCAGCAAGACAACUAUCACCUAGACUCGAUCAAUGCCUCUCACGCUCCUGGACCUCCGCAGCCGCUCCGCGCUCUUACGCCACGAUGGCUGAGCACGACAACUUCACGACGAAAGUCCUCCCCAUCGAUGCACGCCGUAUAGGGAAAGUCACCGCCAUUCCAGUCCCCGACGACCUGCUCGAUGAGAUCGACAUUCAACUCGACUCAAAUUCUCCGGAUGCAGCAUAUCUCAGACGCGCGGCGGAGCAACUCCGACACUCGAACAUCCCUGUGGCCUUUCCCACCGAAACGGUCUAUGGCCUGGGAGCCGAUGCCACGAGAUCGGAAGCCGUGCGAGGAAUCUACCGGGCGAAGCGCAGACCGGCGGACAAUCCGUUGAUUGUGCAUUUCGCUUCGCUUCGGCAGCUAAGAAAGUGUUUGCGACCGUCGAGUGCGCAAACGAAUGGGCGCGUCGCGAACGGCGUGCAGCAUCACAAUGAUGAGGACCCGAUUCCGGAAAUUUACAGACCGCUCAUCUCUAGAUUCUGGCCUGGACCUUUGACCAUCAUUCUUCCGAAUCCCGCUCAUUCGCCCUUUGCGCCUGAAGUGACGGCUGGUCUGGAUACGUUUGGCGCACGCAUACCGCGGCAUGUACUGGCGCUGGCGCUGAUCCAACUAGCCGAUAAGCCCAUUGCUGCGCCGUCUGCGAAUGCGUCAACCAAGCCGUCGCCGACCGCCGCUGAGCAUGUUGCGCACGAUCUCGACGGGCGAAUUGAGACUAUCCUCGACGGAGGGCCGUGUGACGUUGGCGUUGAGAGCACGGUCGUGGACGGAUUGUCGAACCCGCCGUUGAUUCUGCGGCCGGGCGGUGUGAGUAUCGAGCAGUUGCGGUCAUGUCCUGGGUGGGAGAAUACACAGGUGGGAUACAAGGAUGCUUCCGGGGCGCCUGGGGAUCGUCCGAAGGCCCCUGGAAUGAAAUAUCGCCAUUAUUCGCCCAAGGCCACGGUGGUGUUGUAUGAGUCGGGGAGGAAUGCGCCUCCGUUGGAAGAGCUGUCGAGGUUCUUGGGACCUAGGAGGAAUAUUGGGGUUGUUACCACGAAGUCUUGGAAUCUUGGAGAGUCCAAUGGCUUGAGUGUGACUCGGAGACCACAUCACGGUGACUUCAGAAGGAAGCAACCUGUGCACAUGGCUGAAAAGCCAGGAUUCGCAGGAAUGCUCGAUGCUUUGAAGGCGGAGACGAAACGUCGAGCUGUUCUGACUACUCACGACAUAACACACAACGGCACUACAUUCGCGCUAUCGACCAUCGCUCUGGGUGACGACACGGCGAGUAUUGCACGAGGCAUCUUCUCCGCCCUUCGAGAGUUGGAUCGGAAAGAUGUCGAUGCAAUCUUCGUCGAAGGCAUCGACGAUAACGAAGGAGACACUGCUUCGGCAGUCAUGAACCGAUUACGAAAAGCGGCAGAGAUCAGAGUGGACGAUUGAACGGGGGUGUUUGCGACAGGCUGGGAGCUACUUAGGAGAAAAGGAAUAUGUGUUGCAGAUGGCGGCAGCCUUUCGGCCUUUACUCCGCACGAGCUGCUCUAAAGGGAAGGUGUAGUGGGUGCAUCGGGCCGAGAGCGUGCGACAUCCCCUCUACCCGAGGCUGGGUAUAUCGCCACAUCACCAACGACAU